AAGAGCUGACGAUGCCCGCGGGAAACGGGGCCACCGCGGCAGCGUCGCGUCCGUCCACCUCCGACCUUCCCCCUCCCUCCAUCCCUCCCCCACCUCCGCUCCCUCGCAGAGGCGGCGAGCGCUCCGGCCGGCCUCCUCCCCCACGGCGUCCGGGCCUCCGCGAUCUGCUGCCGCUGGGCUAGAGGCCUCGCUGCCCACACCCCCUACCUACCCCAACGACGCGCGCCAUGGCGGGGGCGGCGGCGGCGGCGGCGUUCCUCCUCCUCCUCCCUCUCCCCGCCGCCGCGGACCGGGGGGUCUGCCCGAGGCCUCCCGCCGCGGCGGCCGUCCUGCACCAGGCGCCCGCGUCCUGCCCCGCGGCGGUGGCGGGGGGUCCCGUGGUGGUGCACCACGUGGGCGUCGUGGAGGGGGAUGAUGCUGUUCUUCAAAAGGCAGUUACUCUUGUGCUUCAGAAUAGGGAAGAUUUUAUUGCAAUUCUUUUCUAUGCUUCAUGGUGUCCUUUCUCCAAGAUCUUCAGAACAGAUUUUCAAAAGCUAUCAUCCUUAUUUCCAACUAUCGCUCACUUUUCCUUUGAAGAAUCUCGUAUUAAACCUAGAAUGUUGUCAAGAUAUGGAGUUCGUGCCUUUCCUACGCUUUUCCUUGUGAACUCUACAAUGCGUGUGCGCUACCAUGGAUCUCGCACCAUGAACUCUCUUGGUUUGUUUUAUAAAGAUGUUACAGGUAUGAAUCCUGUGGCGCUGGAUGCAAUAUCCCUCGAGAGGAUGGAAGAAGUGGUAAAUAUAACUGAGGAUGACAAAAAGACUGAGCAGGAGGAUGCUCUGUUCAUUUUUGCACGAUCACCAGACAGGUUGCUUCACCAGGAUACAUGUCUUGCAUUGGCUAGCUCUUUUGUCCUCCUGAGGUUACUUUGUUUCCUUCUUCCCAAGCUCAAUGCAUGUGUGAAACAAGCAUGGAGGCUGCAAUUUUAUGAACUAAAGAGGUUAUUUCCUAGCUUAUCUUGAAGAAGCCAAAAGUGUACCUGAAAACGCAAAACUGACCAGAAACAGCAGCGGACAGAGGAACUGAAAUCAUUCAUGGGUGGAUUUCUAUCAGUAUCAGCUUGAGGGCAACUGAUAUUGUUAAUCAACAAAUGGCAUGGAUGUUCUUAGCAACUCAAUGUAGCACGAAGGUGUCAACUGAUGUAAUUUGAUUUUCCUCUGUGUCAUCUCUUCAUUUGUCGUCCUGGCCUUCUGGGGAGAACUAGCAGCAAUCUACUGUCACUGCAGUAGAAUGAUUUGUGGACUAACUAUAUGGUCUUUCUUGUGAGAUAGUGGCUCAAACUAAAGAAUUAGAUGGUUUUUGUACAGCUAGCUCCAUGAACCUCCUUAAAAGUUUGCAUACGUUGCUGUUACUCCUGACAUACAAAAGAUGAUGUUACGAGCUCAACAGUUCUUUUAGCUUGGUCUUAUGCAAGACGGGGGGUCUGUGAUUCGAUAAACUCAGUAAUUCUAAAUGGCAGCGCUACUAUAUGUUUUCAUUUGGUUGCUUGAAUGUUCUAUGCAACCCUGGUUUAUGUCUGGAAUUGACGAGCGUGUUGACCUGUGGUGUUAACUGUAAACAUAAUGAGACUGUUCCACAACCAUAUAUCUAUCUAUUUAUUUAUUAUUGUUCC